AAUGUGCACCAAACGCGCAUGGACCUGUCCAGCCCAACCAAAUCUCGUCACAGAAAACCCCUCCUCGUGUACCCCCCUCCUACACACGGACACACUUCCUCUCUGCUGCAACCACAAAGCAGAGCAGAGUUCCCCGGUUACCGCGUCUCUCCUCCGCCGCAAACCCGGAUAUGCUUGUUCUCCAUGCGGCAACGCCCGGGAGCUUCACCGCCUAAGCAUCAGCAGGAGGAGGCGGCAUGGAAGUGUUUUUACCUCGGCAAGAUGCCUGAACAAGCACACGCGUCUUCGCAGCAGGCUGGCUGAGGACUCCCGAAGGAAGGCGAGGAGGAGCGGGACGGCGGCGAUGCGGCUGCCCCAGUGCGCGCUGCUCCUCCUGGGCGUGCUGCUGAUGGUGGCCGGCGUGUUGGUAGCUCUGUGCGCGCCUAUGCCCAGUUUUUCGGCUCCCGUCUUGGGGUUCUUCCUGGGCAUUGGGGGCGCGAGCCUGCUGGUGAGUGUACUGUGCAUGGCCAUGAAGAACCUGCAGGCAGCAGUGCCUGGACACUUCUUGCUGCACCCGCGGACGGGCACUCGCUUCAGCCCGCAACAGUCGCUGGCCAUCCAAAGGAGGUUGGACCGAAUCCGACGUGAGAUGUCAACAGACUCUGUCAGCGGUGGGCCGGACCCUGGAGCGACCCUGGAACCAUCUCCGGAACCAGCGCUCCCGUGUACCCCGCCCCCCUGGACCAUGGAACCCCCACCGUCCUACGACACAGUGAUGAAGAUCCAAGAGCAUGGCGGCGACGAGCAGCCCUAACGUCGCAACUCUAAUGACUGUUUGUGGACAAAAUGGUCGCUAACAAGCUGCUUGGCUGCGGUGCCUUUAUAAGGGGAACCAAGGACUUUCCUAAACUUGAUUGGCUUGCUUGAAGUUACUUGACCAACUACUGUGGCUGCAGAGCACUUUCUGUUUUAACAAAGCAUUCCCUAAACACUAGGUGCCUUAAUCUGAAACUGCUUUUCACACAGAGCAUCAUUCAAAACAAAAACAAAACAAAUCCAAAAUGAUUCACAUUUUCCUUUUCCCACAGAAGCAUGGAUUUUAUUGGAGGCGAGGUAUUUAUUUAUCUAUCUGUGUAUCACUAUGGUGAAGAAAUCUGGCCUCGGUGCCAUGAAAAAUAAUUUGAGACAGCGUCCAAUCAGAUCGCUCGACUGUUAUUCGCCACGCUACUGACGGCCGCUAGGGGGCAGCUUUGCAUGGUAUCUGCAGAUUCCUUGAUUGACUUCUACUCAAUUUGUUGAUGUAUUGUUUUGGUGACAAUUUUGACACACUUUUGUUAUAUAAAAAUUUUGUGGGUGA